AUGCUCCUUCCCGAACGUAUUUCUGAGUUCGCUGCUCAUAUGGCAUGUUAUAUUUGGUUCAGCGACUAUCAACAACAACCAUCAAAUAACACUAAUAGCAACAGUAAUUCCAUUAUCGAUGUUCAAAGCUCUUCAAAUUGGUCAUUAUCCUUGGAAAUUCCUCCAGGUGGUUCAUACGUCAAUUGCCAAAGAUUCAACGAAUACAAACCAAAAGAUCCCUUCAAGAAAUUUUGUUUGGACGUAUUAGCUACAACUCAAAUAUCGUUUCCUGCUGUAUUAUUAUCGCUACUCUAUAUUCAUCGUAUGAAAAUACGUAAUCCAAAAAUAAAAGGUCAGAACGGUUCCGAGUACAGAACAUUCACUGUCGCGUUGAUGUUGGCAAAUAAAUUUCUUGACGAUAACACUUAUACUAAUAAAACUUGGUCAGAAGUGACUAGGAUACCCGUUGCUGAAAUAAAUACCAUGGAAAUUGAGUUCUUGACCACAUCUACCUACUCUUACAACAAUCCAAGUCAACCUACUAUAGAAAUUGGAUCUACUUCAUACAAUAAUUAUUUCGGUAAUUUACUUUUACCUUUAACCACAGCUACUGUCGUUUAG